AUGGCUCCUAUUCGCAAACCAACUGUUAGAAAAGAGUGUCAAUGCUCUAUCUCCCAUGAAGACACAUGCAAUACAAUUAGUAGUACUGUUUCUGAGCCUGUAAAUCAAGAGGAAGAUAGUUUUGAAUUUGAACAAAACCUAAAUGAUCUAAAUGCCAUUUUGGAUAUACAGACAAUAAACCAACCUUUCUCUGAAACGAAUUGUGUGUUUGGCCCUGAAGAUAACGUCCAGUAUACAAGUGACACUUAUGAAGAAGAAGAAUAUGAAGAUGAAUCCGAUGUUGGAAUAGACAAUGAUGAAGAUUCUUUGUUAGAAUUAAUUUCGGAAUUGAAUUUAAUUCACCAAUUCAUUAUUAUUUCGGUUGCUAUUUUUGUCUCGCUAUACAUCAUCGAUGAAGGAGCUGUAAUCCUGAUUGCCAUAAUCAACAAGAUCCUGCAGUUUUUGUUUGACCCAUUCCGCCUUCCUGUGAGUGUUGCUGGCCUCAAACAUUUGUCUGGAUUUGAAGCGUUGACAAGUGGUGUCAAAAAGUAUGUUGCAUGUAGCAAAUGCCAUGCCAUAUAUGAUAAUGAAGCCGCCCCUUUGUGUUGUACAUCACCCAAUUUUGAUAAAACCUCCUUGUGUGGCAACAGCUUGUUUAAGUCUGGUCCCAGGUCAAAAGUAUCCAAAAAGACAUAUAUAGUAGACGUAGAUGAUAUACCUUUUGUUGAUACCGAGCAAUCACUCAUUCUCAUGCUGAACAUUGACUGGUUUCAGCCAUUUGAUGGUGUUACCUACUCUUGUGAUGCCAUAUAUCUUGCAAUCAAUAAUCUUCCACGCACCCUUCUCAUGGCUGCCUGUGAUAUACCUGCUGCAAGGAAAGUAUGUGGAUUCACAUCCAAUACAACUACAAAUGCAUGCCACAAGUGUAAGUGUCAAUUUUUGAGGUUGGCUGGAACGAGUUCCAUUGAUCAUUCUGGAUUCGAUUUCUCAAAGUGGCUCCUUCGCACUAAGAAUGACAAUCGUAAGGAUGCAGAGAUCUGGAGAAAUGCAACCAAACCAACUGAGAGACAGCGUCUUGAAGUUGCACAUGGUGUUUGCUGGUCCGAACUGCAUCGUCUUCAGUACUUUGACAUUGUCUGCUGCACAAUCAUUGAUCCCAUGCACAAUCUUUUCUUAGGCACUGCCAAAAGAAUGCUGGAGAGGUGGGUUGCGGAUGGAUUAAUUGACGAUAAAAAACUUGUUGUCAUGCAAAAGACUGUUGAGAAGUCUCCUGUGGUUCUAAGGGAUGUGUUGCCAUUGCCAGAGUUCAAGAACUGGAUAGAGUUUAUUAACUCAUGCAGAUACUUCACCAAGCCUAGUGUUUCCAAAGAAGAUGUUGAGAAAGGACACAAAUGCACUGCAAAAAAGUGCCCAAAUUCCAUAUGCAAUAGGUUUCUAGGAUUCUUGAGAUAG